AUGGCUUACAGAAGCUGUUUUUUUGCUUUUAUAUUAGUGACAUCAGAACUCUUCGCAGAAGGUAAAUUGCUUUUAUUUGUGUUCUUGUUUGCAGUAGAAGGCAGUGAGAAAUGUACCGUACCACUCUUGGAUCAUGGAGUAUUCUUUGAUACAAAGCCCACUUACAUAAUAUGGGAGCAUCUACAAUACAGUUGCAAUUCAGGCUACUUGACUUUUUUUAGGAAUGGAACUAUACAGUGUAUUCCAGAUGGAUGUUCUCCUCAGCCAAGAUGCAUGGAAGCAAGUGAGACCUGUUUAGCACCACAGUUGCUCCAUGGCCGCUACUCUACAGCCCAGAAAGUUUUCAAGCUGAAUGAAGUACUCCAAUAUGAAUGUGAUGAUGGAUACCAGUCGGCAGGAGGCAACACAGUGUUCGAAGUACGAUGUGGGCCUGAAGGAUGGCUCUUUACUCCAAAAUGUACUAAAACUGGAUGUUCAACACUGAAUCCUGUAGAACAUGGAGGUCUCCAUCCCAGGAAGGGAAGCUACAAAGAAGGAGAUGUGGUUCAGUUUUUCUGUGUGGAGGAUUAUUCUUUAAGAGGUUCAGAGUUAAUUCAGUGCUAUUACUUUGGCUGGUACCCAGAGCCUCCAGUAUGUGAAGCAAGAAGAAACAAGUGUCCUCCUCCCCCUCAACCUCCUAAUGCCAAAUUACUGUCCAGUUUAAGACCAUACCAACAUGGGGAUGUGGUGCGUUUGGAAUGUGAGCCUCAUUUUCAAAUCAGAGGAGCUGCAGAAGUACGGUGUGAGCAUGGCAAAUGGACUUCACCUCCCAAAUGCACGGAUGUGGGCAGAGAAACAAGCAGUGCUGGUAGUGCCAGUUUGAAAACUGAUGGGAGCUGUGGAUCUCCACCUCCUGUGGAAAAUGGUUUCAUUCUUGGUUUGUUGCUGACAAGCUACGAAACUGGCUUCUCAGUGGAAUAUCAGUGUUUCAGGUAUCACUUGUUAAAAGGAUCUGGUACAGUUCGUUGUGAGCAGGGGAACUGGACAGAGCCACCAGUUUGUUUAGGUAUGUCUCGUAGAUCUGGAGGAAGUAGGGACUAUCGCAUACCAUUAUGGGUGGCUACCAACUCUUCCUGUGGGAGAAUUUUGUUGCAGCACUUGGAAACUCUCCCCAAAAAGCCAAAGUCCUCAGCUAAAUGGAUCCAAUUUGAGGCCAUUAGACUUUCCAAACAGGAGACAAAUGCAGGAGGGCAUGCAGCAGAUGAUUGCCUAGUUGUAGCCCAUUCACGGGAAUGCCUUAAGGCACAUUUGGGUAUAAUUCUCGCCACCUGUGCCAGUUUGGGCCUAGUGAUCAAUUUGGACAAGUUCCAGCUAGAACCUUCCAGCCACGUUCCCUUCACUGGCGUGUCCUUAGAUUACUUUCAAGAGAGAGCCUUUUUACCCUUGGAUAGGGACCCUAAUGAAAACUGUGGGUCCCCGCCAGUUGUAGAGAAUGGAGUUGCUGUGGAAUCAUUGACAACGGACUCUGCUUAUCACUUAACAAUAACAUACAGUUGCCAUGAAUACCAUGUUUUGCAAGGCUUUAUGACAGUGUCCUGUUUAAAUGGCCAGUGGACUACCCCACCAGUUUGCAUAGAGCCAUGUAUCUUAUCAAAGAAUGAGAUGGAAGAAAAGAAUUUGGGUCUGGUAUGGAGUUAUGACUUUCGACCAAUUCUCCAUGGAGAAUUCAUUCAGUUUAUCUGCAAACCUGGCUAUUUUAGUCCAUCAAAUUUACCAUCCGAUUUCAGAGUAAAGUGUUGGAACGGACAGCUGUCGUAUCCAGUAUGCAUUGUGAGGAGCAGAUGGACGCUUGGCUACUAUGUCCUGUAA